UUUGCAUUGCAAAACUAGCCAAAUGUUUGUUCCUUAUGAUUGGUAAAAUUUUUAUAUUCGUUUGUCAUCAUAUUUCUGCGUCUAUACAUCGAGAAACUGGUGGUUCAUUGCUAAAAAGCUCCCACAACCACCUGCAUAUUCUGGGCUAUUAGAAGUCAUUGAAUUUAGUUGAAGACUGUUGAACUUUCAUCAGCAAGGGGAGUCAACUAAAAUUAGCUGGUUAAUAAAAACUAAUCGUGUAAAUAUUUUAUGUGCGAUGUUUGAUGCUCGAACUUGACUUCGUUAUUGCCCUGUCUAUAUUGGCAAUUGUUUUCGUUGCUGGAGUUGGUAUCGCGGUGUCCUCGAAAUUACGCGUGCUCUGCAUGUUGUAGUCUCAAUACGUUCAGUCUGGGUUCGAAGUAAAUUUUACUGCAUGCCUACAGGAAGUAGGCUGGUUAUAUACUCUACUUUUGCUAUUACUCUGAUUUAUCUGCUCCACUGCUAUCGAAAAAGGCGUAGGCAUAAAGCAGCCUGCGGUAACAGCCUGGUUGAAGAUAUUGAACAUCCUGUAUCUUCAUCACAAUCAAACGGCAGCUGUAGGAAGUUUGCCGAAGAGUUGUUUGAUACUCAAGUAGUGAUAAAUAUAAGCUUACUGUUGUUAGAAUUUUGUAGCAGACGUUACAUACGUUAAUCCACUUACUAUUUGUGCAGCUGCUUUUGUCGAGCCCAAAUUUUCUGACCGAAGUUUUUUAGCCUUAAGCGAACAGAAUUUGGAAUUGGAAAGUAUUUCCCUCCUGGAGUCACCGUUGCCAAUAGUGUUAAAUUUUUCCAGCCAAGCACCAGCAUUUUUAUCAAUGGCUGCCAUUCAGCCGGUGGUUUCUACUCUAAGUAGUAGUCCUGUCUCCGGAUCUGAAUCUGAUCGAGCACUAACACCCGACUCAAAUGAUGAUUUUUGUAGAAUUACUCUCCCACCUGAAGGUUUCAGCGACCCUUUAAAUGACAUUUAUGAAGCUAACCCGGAAGAAUUAGAUGGAAAAAUUUUGCCGAGAGUGCUUAUUCCCAGUGAUAUGUGGGCUCAGGUGGUUGAUAAAGAUAUUUGGCGUGAGACAUUCCUAAUACCCGCCUACAUGGGUGGGGUUUUAAUUGGGCGACUCGGAAAGAAUGUUAGAGAGCUGCGCAAUGUAUGGGAGGCUGAAUUCAGUUUAAAUACUUGUCCAGGAAAACAAGACACUCUGAUUCUCAAGCUGUCAUGCCCGCUUAGACACAAAGAUGAGGUUUUACGUUGGGUAUCCCAUAGGUUCAGAAUGCGUCCUUCCAAGACAACAAUUGGAAACCCAAACCAACUAAAGCGUCAACUUCCUCUAGGUGAACCGGUUCCUGUACAAAUUCGUAGUCUUUACGGUUCGAAGGAAUUUUUUGUAACAAUACCUGACGAACAGUAUAACAAUUUUUUAGUUAUGCAAACUGAGCUUGAAAAGGACUACUCGACCACCAACAAUUAUCGUAUGCAACUUUGUGAGCCUGUGACAUCAGGGACAGUUGCUGUAGUUCCACACAGUCAAGGAUUCGCAAGAGCGCUCAUAAUUAGUGUAUAUCCUACUUGGCCGAAAGUAGCGUUCUAUUACUUGCUGGAUCAUGGAACAUUUGGUGUUGUACAAUUAAAUAAAUUAAGAAAAAUCAGGGCUAAAUAUAUGAAAGUUCCUUUCCAAGCAAUUCAUGUUAGCUGGGCUCACGCAUUCCCUGUCUACUCUGAUAUUCCUGAUUUACACAUACUUCGAACACUCUUUAAUAGUGGUCGUGUUCAUGCAUUUGCUGUACGUAUGGAGACUUGUUGCCGAGCUUCUGUGGCGUUCGGUGAACCAUAUUCACAGCCAUACUCAUCUCAUGGAUUUCUAGAUAUUCUAGUCAACGCGUGUAACAGUGGACUGUUCAUAGCCGUUCCUCUGCUAGUUUAUCCUAAACGACAGUCUUGGCUGAAUGGUUCGUCGAUUCCUUAUUACCCGUUCACAUAUAGUUACAUCGAUUAUCAAUCACUAGUCACUUUCGCUAUUGAGGAUGAUGAAGAUCCAGUGGCUAUAAAUCAUUUCCCUACUCAAAAUCCGAGUGAAGAUUACAUUUGUCCACCGAAACAUCAGAAUGGAAAUCAAAAAAGGUCCAAUAAAUCGUCUGAUCAUUACCGCACACAGCCUAAUGGCCAGCGUCGUGGACCAAGAGGAGCUACAGCAACCAACAACACUGGGAAUCGUAGACAAAAUCCAUUUGGACCCAAUCGUUCUCAGAAUAACCCACUCUUUACUUCUCAAAAAGAGAACCAUUUUGCACCAGUUAAGGAUAGUACUAGUGCAUUAAAAUCCACGACUAACGGAAACGAACAGUUUGUCAAGAGUCAAUCUCGAAAGCCAUUAUCAAAUCGUAAUAAUACUGUAAGUAGUUCAAGUAAUAUAAGGGCAGUCUCAUCAAAUCGCGGACGAGCAACUACAUUAAGUGGACAUGAAUCAUAGUCAAGUAAAUUUGUAUUAUUUUAUCUUGUUCCUGUUUUUCACAAAGCUUCUUGCAGAAUUUCGUUUGGCAUUUUUGUCGCUUUAUAUUUAUUUUUAAUCUGUGCCUUCCAUCACCUAUGUUUGUUUUUCUGACACAUUUUUGUGGUUGCGCACAUGUAUUACUCGCUUCUCAUUGUAAUGGGAUGUGGAUUACCCUACUUAUUUAGUUAAUGUGAUUUAAAAUCAAAGUGUUCAUAUGUUCUCGUAUAUUUUUGUUGAGUUUCUAUCAUAUUUACUUUCCAGUAUAACUUUUUUCUGUUCAUGCUAUGUUUAUUGCAACAAUUGUUUUCAAAAUGUUUUCCCUUGACAAAUAUAUUGUUUAUUGUUUAACCAAGACGAAUAAAAUUAUCAAAUUAAUUCA